AUGUCAAAAAGGGUGAAUUAUUAUGAAGUAUUGGGGGUACCACAGGAUGCUGAUAUAAGUAUAAUCAAGAAGUCGUAUAGGACCCUGGCUAUGAAAUGGCAUCCUGAUAAGAACCCAAAUAAUAAGGCCGAAGCAACCGAAAGAUUUAAACAAAUUUCCGAAGCUUAUGAGGUUCUGUCCGAUCCUAAAAGGAGGAGAAAAUAUGAUCUAUACGGAACUGAUGAGAACUACGUGACCGAUGAAAAUGACGAGUUUUCAAAUUUCCACAAAAAUUUUGGAUUCAACGAUGCACAGAGAAUUUUCGAAAUGUUCUUUGGAGAUUCUACUCCGUUUGGCAACGAUUCCUUUUUUAGUGAUGUUAUGGGUUCCCCCUUCGCCGACAAGAGAAGAGGAAGAAUGCCAAGAUCGAAUGACCCAUUUGAUAACUUUUUUGGAUCAUCUUUUAAUAUAUCCUUUGGUUCCUCCAACUUUGACAACUUUAUGGAUGGAGGUUCUUGCUUUACGUCUGUAGAAACAUCCACAUCGAAUGGAGGUAAGUUCAAAAAUCGAGUUGUAAAAACAUCAACAUCCAAAACGACCUCCAUUGUUAACGGGAAGAGGGUUACCAGAAUCGAGACUGUGAAAACUUUGCCAAAUGGAACCAUCGAAAGGACUGUGACAGAACGAGAGGAAGACGGACGAGGAAAUGUUAAUAUGAGGCAGUUACCAGCGCAUGAAAUGAGACGAAACAAGAGAUAA